GAGUGUGGUAUGCUGGCUUGGCCUCACUGUUGGUCGGGCCAGUGUGCGCGCAACUUAGAAGGGCUGAGGGUUCUGUGUUGGAGCUUCACUCAGGAGACACUCUGUAAGCAUGGCUGCUGCCCAUCGUUUGGUGAUCGUGCGCCACGGCGAGAGCGCCUGGAACCAGGAGAACCGCUUCUGCGGCUGGUUCGACGCCGACCUCAGUGAGAAGGGCGUGGAGGAGGCCAAGCGCGGAGCCCUGGCCAUCAAGGAGGCCGGGCUCAAGUUCGACAUCUGCUACACGUCGGUGCUGAAGCGCGCCGUCAAGACCCUGUGGACCAUCAUGGAGGGCACAGACCAGAUGUGGCUGCCUGUGAUCCGCACCUGGCGUCUGAACGAGCGUCACUACGGAGGCCUCACCGGUCUCAACAAGGCCGAGACGGCCGAGAAGCACGGCGAGGAGCAGGUGAAGAUCUGGCGCCGCUCCUUCGACAUCCCACCUCCACCCAUGGACAAGGACCACCCUUACCACAAAAUCAUCAGCGAGUCUCGGCGCUACAAGAACCUGAAGCCUGGUGAGCUCCCCACGUGUGAGUCACUGAAGGACACUAUCGCCCGCGCCCUGCCUUUCUGGAAUGACGUCAUCGCGCCUGAAAUCAAGGCGGGAAAGAACGUCAUCAUUGCUGCCCACGGCAACAGCCUCCGUGGAAUCGUCAAGCACCUGGAGGGUAUGUCCGACGCGGCCAUCAUGGAGCUGAACCUGCCCACAGGAAUCCCAAUCGUGUACGAGCUGGAUGCCAACCUGAAGCCCGUGAAGCCCAUGUCUUUCCUCGGUGACGAGGAGACCGUGAAGAAGGCCAUGGAGGCCGUGGCUGCCCAGGGCAAAGCUAAGAAGUAAGCCUGCCUCCGGAGGCUCCGCGAGGAGGCAGAACGACAGACUCUUCCCCCACCUUUUUUCUCCUUCCACCUUUCCCCCCAAAACCGUUUGUCCAUCCUUGUAGUGCAUUCCAACUGGGGAAAUGUUUAAUGGUUCUUUUGGUGACGGGCCACUUUCAACACUCUGUUUGUGUAAAUGACAGACUGAGGGAUGGCCCGUCGAUCAAAGCAGACAGCCGGGCUCCGCUCCUCAUGCAGCCCCACAUCACUCAGCCCUUUUAAAUUGUGGUCGAGCCCUAAAUGUUUUAAAGGGCUUCACCACCCUGGCACAACCAAUAAAGUAACCAUGUUUUUACGUAG